CAACUGAAAGGCGCGCAAAGUAUUCAGAAAGAGGUGGGAAUAGCGACCGCAGCCGUCGGCAAAAUAACUGAUCCGCACUUCGCAGAGAAGAUAUUACAAGAGAAUGGGGCGACACUUAUAUUCAUCGGAAGGGCGUUCCUAAACAACCCUCACUGGCCUUAUAUGGCGGCCGAUGUGUUGGCCAACGAGAAGACCUUUAAAUACCCGAAUCAAUACGACUGGUGUAUCGGUUGGAAAGCAAUGAGUGAUUCAAAGAAAUCCCUCUUAUUCUCGCCGAUCACUAUACGAGGCGUUACUCUCAAGAACCGGAUAGUAGUGUCUCCGAUGUGUCAGUACUCUUGUGAAGACGGGAUCGUCAAUGACUGGCAUUUAGUUAAUUACGGGUCGUUUGCUACCGGAGGGGCCGGUCUGGUUGUGGUCGAAGCCACCGGUGUGGAGGCCAGGGGUCGGAUCAGUCCCGGAUGUCCUGGUCUGUGGAAAGACGAACAAAUAAAUCCUUGGAAAAGAGUUACCUCUUUCUUGAAAUCUCAGGGAUGUGUGGCCGGCAUACAGAUAGCACACGCCGGACGUAAGGCGAGUACAGUUGCUCCGUGGGUGGGAAGGGACUCAAUUGAUGACAAGGAAGGCGGUUGGCCUACAAUAGGCGCCAGUGCUAUAGAAUUUGGUGAUAAGGUGUGGAAAGUACCCAAAGAGGCGACAAUUGAAGACAUCGAAGGAAUUAAGCGGUCGUUUGUGUCGGCCUCUGAACGGGCUGUGAGGGCGGGGUUUGAGGUAUUU